AUGAUAGCCAACUUUCAAGUUCGAUUUUACUGAUAAAUGGCGGACCGCAAAAUUUCCUAACAAAAGCGAGUAUAUAUUUCAGAAUAUUUUAUGAACAAUCAAUUAAAAAACUGAAUUUAUCAUGGAGCUUAGUCGUACUACGCUUGGUUUAGCAGUUGGUCUUGCAGGAACCUUAUUUCUAGGGUAUUGUGUUUAUUUUGACCAACAACGUCGUAAGGAUCCUCUAUUUAAAAAGAAGUUAAGAGAACGUCGUGAAAAAGCCCAACACAAUGCUAGCAGAUCUCGGACGCUUGGAGGUCCUCUGCCCGAUAUGAAUGAUCAUGAGGCUAUGCAGAGAUUCUUUUUGCAACAGAUCCAACUCGGUGAAGAGCUGUUGGCUGCUGGAGACCUCGAGGCUGGUGUAGAGCACCUUGGACAGGCUGUUGCAGUAUGCGGACAAACACAACAGCUACUUGGUGUGCUCCAACAAACGAUGCCAGCAUCUAUCUUCCAUCUUCUUUUAAAGAAGCUUCCGGAAGUCUCAGAACGUCUCCGUGCCUCCAUCAAAGCUAAUGGUGGUACAACACUACAGGAAGAAGAUGUUGAAUAAGAUAUUUAUGUGCCUCGGCCUAACAAUAAUUGGGUAUUAUUAAGUUAUAUUCAAAUGUAGAGGAAAUUUUGUGUGACAUAAAACUGUUAUAUGGAUAAACAAAGAGAUGUUUUUUUUUCCUAUAACUUUAGUAUAUUUAGAAUACCUUCAAUUUCUUUAGAAAUCAUAUUAAAGACACAGGUGGAAAUCAGUGUCUUAUUAAUACCAAAUUAUUUAAAGUUAGGCCUACAUCAUGCCCUAUUAGAAAAUUAGAUACCAAAUGGUAUAAUAUUUUGCUAUGUAUAACAAUACAAUGCCUGCAAUUUUCUUCCUUAAUUUUCGUUUCUGUUAAAUUAUAAUAAUUAUGUUAUUAAAUGCUUAACUUAAUAUAGGUUUAGAAAUAUAGAUAAAAAAAAUCUUACUUGAUAAUUAUAAUUAAAUAUAAAUAAUGUUUGAAGCUCAAAGGUUUUGAAUCAUGGUUUUUUUUUCAAUUAUGUUAGGGCUGUGAAAGUUGUAAAUCCGCCAAAUAAUCUUCGUCAUUAAAGGGAGAAAAUUUUAACAAUAUUUGUUAGUGUUAUUUUAGGUUUUGUUCACAUUUGAUUGAGAAUGCUUGAGUUUUGAUUGAUUUUAUUGUGAAAUAAAAGUAUUGUACAAA